AUGGCUUCUUCCUCUGCUCAUUAUCGAAUCUCAAAUCUCCAGAAUCAUAUAUCCCCUCUUGAAGAAAAUAACAAGAUAUCUCCACAAGUGUCUGAAGCCUUAUCCAACGGACGUGCUGUGGUCGCUCUUGAGUCAACCAUAAUCUCCCAUGGUAUGCCUUACCCUCAAAAUCUGCAAACAGCAAAAGAGGUUGAGUCAAUCGUGAGAGAAAAUGGAGAUGUCCCUGCCACUAUAGCUAUCUUGAACGGAGUUCCUUGCAUAGGUGGCUACAAGAGGAAAUGGUGCAACUACAGUCUCUGCAACGUUGUUUUCGCUUCAAUGGUUGGCAUCCAAGUAUUUGUAACCGGUGGAAUUGGAGGUGUGCAUAGGCAUGCCAACUAUACUAUGGACAUAUCAUCUGAUCUUACUGCACUUGGAAGGACACCUAUAGCUGUUAUAUCAGCAGGCGUUAAAUCCAUACUUGAUAUUCCAAAAACUCUUGAAUAUUUGGAAACUCAAGAAGUGUAUGUUGCUGCCUACAAGAGCGAUGAGUUUCCAGCAGUUUUCACAGAAAAAAACGGUUGUAAGGCACAUUCUCGUGUGAAUAGCCCUGAAGACUGUGCUCGAGUAAUAGGCAAGUAUGCAAACAUGAAGCUAAACCGUCAGGCAGGGAUUCUAUUUGCUGUUCCAAUCCCGAAACAGCAUUCAGCCGCAGGAAACCUUAUCGAAUCAGCAACACAGCGUGCUCUUACAAAUGCAAGGGAACAAAACGUUACUGGAAAUGCAGAAACUCCGUUCUUACUUGCACGGGUAAAUGAGCUGACUGGAGGCACUUCACUUGCAGCAAGUAUCAUUUCUCUAGAACAGCAAUGUCUCAGCAUUGUAAAGCUUGAGUUCCUUGACACAGUUUCAGACAUUGCGCUUGUGAAAAACAAUGCACUUAUCGGUUCGCAGAUUGCAGUAGCCCUUUCUCAGCUAAUGUGA